UUCAAAUAAUUCUCCUAUAUCCGUUUUAGGCUAUGGAGGUUGGUGAUGUCAUCAUUAAGCCCGUAUAUGAAAAUAUGGGUUGUUUUUCUUCUACUGCUCAAGUAAAUACAACUUGCACAUCCUCGCAUGUUUGUCCUUGGAUAAUUGAUUCUGGGGCUACUGAGCGUAUCACUUGUAGUGAUAUUAAUCUUUUUAACAUCGUUAGUCAUGUGGCAGAAUCAUCAGUCAAAAUUCCUAAUGGCGAAUCGAUUCCAGUUCAUGCUGUCGGAAGCUUAUACUUACCCAAUGGGAUCCGUCUUGAGCGUGUUUUGUACAUUCCAAAAUUUCAAUGCAAUUUACUUUCUGUCAGUCGUUUGACAAGCGAUCUAAAUUGUACACUGACAUUUUUCCCAGAUUUCUGUAUUUUUCAGGAUGUACCCUCGAGAAAGUUGAUUGGUGUUGGUAAAUCUCGUGAUGGGCUCUAUUACUUGGAGCCUCUAAGAAGUGAAAGGGUGGCAAUGUCAGUCUCUAUUACAUCCGAUUUAUGGCAUCAACGUCUCGGACAUGCAUCUGAUGGAAAAUUACAACACAUUAAUUAUCUCAAGGGUUUUCAACGAAGUGGUAAUUUUUGUGAUCCCUGCGUGCGGGCAAAACAGACUAGACUUUCUUUCCCUACAAGCAAAAUCAAGACAGCUCGUAGCUUCGAGUUAAUACUUAAUACACUGUGACAUUUGGGGAGGCUACAGGUGUGAUUCAAUUUCCGGAGCACGAUAUUUUUUAUCUAUUGUUGACGACUUUACUAGAGGUGUGUGGGUUUAUUUAAUGAAAAA